AUGAAUAGGAGUUCAAUAAAUCGAGUUCUACAGAGCCCAGAUGUGGGAGGUGCAGAGGCACAGUCAGGUAGAGGAUCAGAGGCAUUUUUUAGAACUCCAUCUGUUGUUGGUCAAGAUAUUAAAAAAGAAGAGGAAGAAGAAGAAGAAGAAGAAGAUCCUCGUAGUAUUUGGUUACGUUUAUUUUUACCAGAUUUAUCUCCUCUUGGUGGCCUAUUAGUUAUUGGUAUUGCAUUAUGUAUUGUUGCUACAUAUUUAAAAGGUACUGGAGUUGAAAGACCUUUCAGUUAUCCUCUAUUAGUUUUUUUUACAGAUUUAUUUAUAUAUAUUUGUAUUAUGUGUACUAGAUAUUUAAUUACUAUAUAUUCAUUAACUCAAUUUGGUGAAGGAAGAUUUUUUGCAGCUGUGUCUGGUUCUUUAGAUCCAGAACUUGUAUAUUGUUUAUGGUCAGGUUUAUGUCUUAUAUUAUGGAUGAGUGAAAUUCGCAUUAGUAAUAAUGAUAGAAAUAGUAUUCUUUCAACUUCAACUCUUUAUUCAUCUCGUUUUUUUGAAAAUAUUAGUUCUGCACUACGUAUUCCAAAAGUACCAUGGGAUGUUAUACAAGUAGCUCAUAUUAUUCUAGUUAUUAUGACAGUAAGAAGAUUAUUAUUAUCUAUUAUUACGUUUUAUUUUAGAUUGGACUUUAUUAUGACUAUUAAUCCACAAGUGGUUGAGUUUCUUCGUUUAUAUUCUCUUUUACGUAGAAUUGAUACUAAAUGGUGCCUUAUUAAACCACAUAUUCAAAAACAGGAAUUUCAAAUUUCAUCUACUGAAAUAGAAGGAAUUAAUUCUUUUAAAAAUGGAAUUUUUUUACAAAAUAAAGAUAUAAAUACAAUUAUAGGUACAAUAAAUGUUCCUUCAGUCCCUAGUAUGCUGAUAGAUUCAAAUAUUGAACAUACAGCAAAAAGUUCUUCUGAAAAUUGGUUAGCACUUCAAUUUAUUAAACAAUAUAAUGUAGCACUUUUUAUUGAUAAUAUGAGAUAUGAAUUAAAAACUAAACAACAGGCUAGAGAUUGUGCAAGAUAUUUAUUUCAUGAUAUUUUACAAAAUGUACAUGCAAUAAUGCUAUAUCAUUAUAUUGGACGUAUGGAUCAUGUAAAUCCUAUUUCUUCACUUCCUCCAAAAUCUGAUUCAUAUUCUAUUUUAGGUGAAGAUACAUUUUGUCAUGCUUUAAUUGAUUUUGAAGAUCGUCAUGAUAUUAAAAGUGAUAUUAAUGGAAAAAUUGGAUCAAAUUCAGAUUUACCAGAUAAAGUUUUAGAAAAUAAACAAAUAUCUGAAACUGAUAAUCUUUUAGAUAAAAAUAAUCAAACUUCAAGUAAUAAAAAUUCUCAAAGAAUUGGAUCUGCUCCAACAGCACUCCCAAAUUCUAUUCUAGAUAUUCUUUAUGAUAAACCUCUUGGAGAUCUUAUUAAACAAAUUGAUACAGCACGUAGAGGUCAAGUAACAGAAGAAGAAUGGAUUCGAUUUUUUGUUGGUAUAUAUGAUACUCGUAAAAAAAUUUUAAGAGCUGCUACAAGUCAAGAGGGUAUUGUACAAGUUUUUAGACGUAUGGUCUCAAUUUUCUUAUGGUUUUUUACUGGAAUUAUUAUUUUGUUAAUGUUAGGAAUUGAUGUUAAUACUUUAGUUAUAUCUGGAGCUGCUAUAAUAUCUUCACUUUCUGUCGGCUUAUCAUAUAUAUACUCAAAUUUUUUUUCAGCUGUAAUUUUUGUUAUAUUUUUAAAUCCAUAUAAUGUAGGUGAUAGAAUUAGAGUUAAUAAUGGUGGAGCUAUGAUUGUUAAGAAAAUUGAAACAUUUUAUACUGAAUUUCAUACUACACAUGAAUCUCCAGUUCUUAUACCUCAUUCUUGGUUAUCUUCUCAAAUGAUAUAUAAUGAAAGUCGUAGCAAACGUUGCUCUUCUGAUAUACAAUUUAAAAUAUCAGAUACUACCUCACCAUUUUCAAUUGAAGCUCUUGGUAGAGCAAUUCAGGAUUAUGUUACUGUUAGACCCUCUGAAUUUGUUGCUUCAAAUUUUUGGUGUGGCAUUACAGAAAUUCAACCUGGUCAUUAUGCAACUGUAUUUAUAUGGAUUACAAAUACUGAUCCAUUUCAUAAUAGAAGAAAACUUAUGAUUAGUAAGAGUAAGUUGUUAUUAUUUAUUUUACAUACUUUAAGACAAUUAGGAAUUCAAUAUACACUUCCUAUUACUAGAGUACGCCUAGAACAAAGUCAUGGAACAAAUAUGCCAACAUUAUGGAAGGAUAGUAUUAUAACAAAAUCUGGAUAA